CGAUUCAAGAAAACAUGACAAAUCUGACGGUGCACAGCGCGCCACCGCCAUCUCAUCUCUUCACAUUCUCCACCUUCUCAAGAAAAUGUGAUCUUCGCAGUUCCCCUUCUUCUCGUUGGCCCUUCGAACUCUUGUGAUCCCCUUCGUCAAAUUCCCCCUUUUUUAUUUUAUUUUUAUUUUUGGGUGGUGAUUUCUUUAUAAAGCCCAAAUCUUCAGCUUAAAAUUUCCCUAUUCGCACUUCCCAAACUUGCCCGAGAUCCACAGUUCGUCUUGUUUGUUGAAGUUAAUAACCAAUUCCAGUUAAGGCAUGAGGAGAACAAUGUGUUACAAUGAUGUGCCUGAAGUUGUUGGGGAACAAUGGCCCAUCAAGAAAGCACUGACAUUGUCUGACGUGGACAUAACACAUCCUUUUCUCACAUUGUCUCGGCAACAAGUUGAAAACCACAUCGUUGUGCAUAUGGACCCACAACAGCAAGAGAUGUUGAGAUCCCAAGGCCACGUGGAUUUCAAUGGUCAAGACGAUGACACUGGUGAGGUUUACAGCAUGAAGCUGAAGUGGCGAGGGAGUUACUACAAUCUUAUUGGCAAAUGGGGAAAGGUUGUCAGAACCAAAGGACUCGGCGUGGGCCAUGAGGUCAAAAUUCGUUGGGAUAAUGGGAUCUUGCACUUCUCUGUGCCACUUCGGCAGCUUGCUAUGAUGGUGAUGCCUGUCCAAAUGGUUGUGCGACCACCGCCAGUAGUGGGUAAUCCAUGGCCUAUCAAGAAGGUGCUGACUCUGUCUGAUGUUGACAUAAACCAUCCGUUUCUUCCUUUGCCACGUCAGCAAGUCAAGGAUCAUAUUCUUGUGCACUGGACACCUCAGCAGCAAGAACAGUUGAAAAAUGAAGAGCAGGCGAUCGUGAAUGCCCGAGAUUAUGACACUGGAGAAGUCUAUCAAAUGAAAAUAAAACCAAAGGGAAAUUCCUAUAACUUAGUUGGGAAAUGGGGGGCAGUAAUUAGACAAAAAGGGCUUGGGGUUGGCGACGAGAUUCGGAUAUGUUGGGCUGAUGACUGCUUGUGCUUUUCAGUACCACAGGAGCACUGUUCUGCAACACGAAGUUCAAUGGUAGAUAAUUGGCCGAUUAAGAAAGCCCUAACUUUGUCUGACGUGGACACUACCCAUCCGUUCCUUACCCUUCCAGGGAAAGCAGUUGAAGAUUAUAUUCUCUUUUACUGGACUCCACAAGACAGGGAGGAACUAAGGAAUGCUCGUCAGAUGGAUGUUAACGGCCAAGAUGAUGACACUGGAAAUUUCUACUUAAUGAAGUUGCGAUGGCGCGGGAGCUACUAUAAUCUCAUUGGUAAAUGGGGGAAAAUCAUAAGAGCAAAGGGACUCCGGAUUGGGAUGGAGAUUAGGCUGCGUUGGGUUAACAAGUGUUUGCACUUUUCAGUUCCCGAGUUACUUGGUGCACCACUCAAUGUAUGAUGGCAGGCUGCAAAUGAACAUGUUCGGGAAAAAUACAACAAGGUGAUUUGAUGGGCCCUAUUUGUUUAUUCAGGCACAUCCGCGAGGAACUUCUUUGAGUAGCAUGAUGCCCCCACUGUACAACUGUAUAGAUGUGUGUAGUGUACCAUUGUUUUACUGACAAGGAGAGCCAAGUUGUAUAAACAUGGUUGUAUGAAGACUGUCAAGUAGAGCUGACUGACAUUGCUGUUUUGGUAGAGGAGAGUAAAACUAGUGUUUCUGUGAAGAACAACAGAUAUGGCUGAGUUCUAGAGUACCUUUCUCGUGGAAUCCGAGUUCUAAAGGCUUGUUUGGUCGGGAAACGUAAUUCCACUUGUUUGGUAGGAGGGAAUGGUGAAUCUGAGGAAUAGUUCUUCCCUCCACUUUGUGGGAUUGUUACAUUUUCAUGCAGCGGAGGAGACGGGAUUCAUGGGAGUGAACGAACCCGUGGGACCCAGACCGAGCCAAUGCUGUUGAACUGUAUAUGGGGAACAAGAAGACUGUGUAAAAAGCUCCUGUGUUAGUUAAGUUUGUAACAGAGUUCAAUAUUGAAUUGCAAUGGAAGGAGAAGCUUCAUGUUGAGGUAAUCAUGUGCCCUACCUUCGUAAAGGACUCCAUUUGUAAGGGAUUUUAGACGAAAUAACAAUGUAAUGGCCUUAAUGCGGUGGUGCGUCCCGCUGGGUUAAUUCAAGGCAUGAUCGUCGUCUUCCAUUUCGGUAAUUCCUUGUACG